AACUCCUAUCAACACAUUUCUCCACCCUUCUUCAUAAACACUCCCACACAAAACACAAUCUUCAAAAAAGAAUCAAAAUCUUUUCUGCAACAAUGAUAAUCCCAGUAUACAAAGUUGCAGGACCAUCAGAAUACCUCGCCAUAACCGGCUGGAACAUCGCCGACAUUAAACUCGCCAAAAAAGCCCUAAUUCUCCCCGGCCAACGCCAAGUUCGGGUCAAUGUCUCACCGGUAAACUACACCUUCAAUGUCCAAGCAAUGAGCGCCGAGAAACUCCCGUUCGUACUUCCGGCCGUCUUCACCAUCGGCCCUCGUGUCGACGACCAUGACAGCCUCAUCCUCUACGCUAAACUCAUGGCACCUCAUGAUAUGUCCUCGAAUCAUGUGCAUGAACUUGUACAGGGGAUUAUCGAAGGUGAAACCAGAGUUCUUGCUGCUACUAUGACUAUGGAGGAUGUUUUUAAGGGUACUAAGGAGUUUAAGAAGGAGGUUUUUGAUAAGGUUCAGUUGGAAUUGAAUCAAUUUGGGUUAAUCAUUUAUAAUGCUAAUAUUAAACAACUUGUUGAUGUUCCUGGUCAUGAGUAUUUUUCUUACUUGGGUCAGAAGACUCAGAUGGAAGCUGCUAAUCAGGCUAAGGUGGAUGUUGCAGAGGCCCAGAUGAAGGGUGAAACAGGAGCAAAGCUAAGGCAAGGACAAACAGCACAAAAUGCAGCAAAAAUUGAUGCAGAAACCAAGAUCAUAGCAACACAAAGGGAUGGAGAAGGCAAAAAGGAAGAGGUCAAAAUAAGGAGUGAGGUUAAGAUAUUUGAGAAUCAAAAGGAGGCUGAUGUUGCAAAAGCAAGUGCUGAAUUGGCUGCUCAAAAGGCCGGGUGGUCCAGGGCGGCUCAACUGGCUGAGGUUGAGGCUAAGCAGGCUGUUUCGAUUCGAGAGGCCGAGUUGCAGGUCGAGGUGGAGAAGAAGAAUGCUCUUACAAGGACUGAAAAACUUAGGGCUGAUCUUCUCAGUAAAGCUACUGUUGAAUAUGAUAUUAAGGUGCAAGAAGCAAACAGGAACCUAUACAACAACCAAAGAGAAGCUGAUGCAAGUCUAUACAAGAAGCAGAAACAAGCUGAAGCAGAAAAGGCAUCAGCAGAUGCAGCCUUCUACACUCGACAGCAAGCAGCUGAUGCAGAACUCUAUGGGAAGAAGAAAGAGUCUGAAGGAAUCAUAGCCCUCGCUAAUGCACAAGGAUAUUACCUUAAUACCCUUUUAAAGUCCCUUCAUGGAGACUAUGCUGCAUUGAGGGAUUACAUGAUGAUUAAUUCUGGAAUGUUCCAAGAAAUGGGGAGGAUUAAUGCUCAAGCUGUACAAGGUUUGCAGCCAAAGAUAAGUAUUUGGUCAUCCGGGUCUGCAACCGGGCCCAACUUGGACGGCGGAAGUGGGUCUGGUGGGUCCAUGAAAAGUAUUGCAGAGGUCUAUAGCAUGUUGCCACCAUUGAUGAAGACGGUUCAUGAACAAACUGGGAUGCUUCCACCUGCUUGGCUUGGCACUUUGACUGAUACUAAUGGUGAUGGUACUUCAGAUGUUGCAGUUGCUAAGUGAAGUGAAGUGUGACUAUUUGAUAAACUGAUUAAUGCUUGAUUUGAUAUGCAGAAGUGUUUAUAUCUAUUUUUUUUUUUUUUUUUUUUUUUUUUGUCACUGAUUAGAUUUUAGGUAAUUGGAGUUGGAGCAUGGUUAAUGCUGCUAAACACGUAUUAAUACUCUUUUGUUGGGGAUUUUUAUGCAUGUUUUUAAAUGAACCUGCAAUCGUUUUAUGAGCUA